UAAAACUACCACUAUGUGAAGUCUUGACCAAUCAGAUCAGGCAAUUUUACUUUCCACAGACUUGGGUGUAGGUCCCAGUCAGUAUGGUUGUGUCAAAGACUAAAGCUACAGAUAUUUUGACUCUAUUUUUAUUUUACUGAAGUUAUUUUUUUAAGCGCACUACACCGUUUUACUUAGUUUUUUGGUUUUUGGUGAAGAUCUGACGAAUUAAAACAUUUGUUGUUUCCCUUUAACUUAAAAGGACAUAUCGUUUAAAAAAAAAAGUUUUUUAAUCCCUUGAUGCCAUAAAGAAAUGUAGUUAGUGUUUGACUAAAAUGUCUUGUGAGAGGUGAGUUCCUUUAUUCUGAAGGACACGAACAACGUUGCACCGGAAGUGACUAGUUUUGCGAACGUUACUCUGAAUUUAGCAACAUGGCGGCGAAUUAAAACAAUUUUUAAUCUGCGCCACUUUCUGUGAGAGCAGCGAUUCUGAUCUCUCGGAGGCUCAUUCUGUCAACUGAAUGGACUUUAAGCUUUAAAUAUUUUUUCUCAGUUUCCUCUCCCUCAGUCAUCUACCCGGAAACUACAAAGCUAGCUUAGCUUAGCAUUCACACUGGAGAUAUGAGUGGUGAAACAGUCAAAGUUGCUGUUUGAUGGAGUGGUUGUAGUGUUUACCAGAAUAAAUCAGCCAGUAUAACUGUGUGAAAAUGCCAGGAGUCGAGACACUGAGAGAUUUUGUCAACCAGAGACUGACUGCUGCUGCUGAAGAGAUUUUUGGAGUCUUUGAAAGAACGAUAGCAGAAUACGAGGAACAACUUUGUCGAUGUAAAGAGGAAAACGAGCGAAAACAGAAACUUCUGGACGAUGUUCAGCUUCGCUUUCACAGAGCAGACACCCAGCAGCUGUUAGUGCAUCAAGAAGAGGUUCCCUCUGAGCAGCAGGAGUGGAGGUCCAGUCUAGAGCAGGAGGACACUGAGCCUCCACAGAUUAAAGAGGAGGAGGAAGAACUGUGGAGCAGUCAGGAGGAACUGGAGGAGUUUAAUACCAUCAAGUUCCCCUUUGCUCCUGUCCCUGUGAAGACUGAAGAUGAUGAAGAGAGACCUCAGUCCUCACAGCUUGAUGAAAUACAAAGUGAAGGGAUGAAAACAGGAGCUGAUGGAGAGGACUGUAGAGAACCAGGACAGGCCAGGAAGUCAGAAUCAGAGAGACAUUCCCACUCAGAGACUCAGGACAAGACUGGAGACUGCUCUGAAGCUGAAACUGAUGUCAGCGAUGAUUGGAGGAUCACAAUGGAACAUGAUUCUGGGUUAAAUUGUGUGGAAAACUUAGAUGAUGAUAGAUCAGACAAUGACAAGAAAUCACACAGCUGCAGUAAAACAUUCACAAGGAAAUGUCAUCUUGCUACACAUUUGAAGACGCACCAAAAACAGAAACCCUUCAGCUGCUCUGACUGUGGUAAAAAGUUUAGCCAAAAGAUUAGUCUGAACACACACAUGGUGAUCCACACAGGAGAGAAACCCUUCAGCUGCCCUGAGUGUGAUAAAAAGUUUAGAAACAAGUCUCAUUUGAAGUCCCACAUGUUUGUUCACACAGGAAAGAAACUCUUCAGCUGCUUUCAAUGUGAAAAGGGGUUUUAUUACAAGUCUCAUCUGAAAAGACACAUGGUGAUCCACACAGGAGAGAAACACUUUAGCUGCCCUGAUUGUGAUAAAAAGUUUAGUCAAAAGUGUCACCUUACUUCACACAUGGUGAUCCACACAGGAAAUAAACCCUUCAGCUGUGAGCUCUGUGAUAAGAAAUUUUCAUGGGAUAGUCAGGUAAAAAAACACAAGUGUACCGGUGGCCAGACUUCAUAAAAUAAGAGAAAGAAGAGCUAACGAGGAGGACUGUAAGAUGAGAACCAGGCAGUAUCUGAGAUAUGUACAGUGCUUAACAAAUUUAUUAGACCACCUGUCAUAUUUGUCUCAAAGACCAUCCAGCAUCAUGAAGUGCUUUAAUGCAGACUCUUUCAUUUUCAGUGAGCUCUCCACGUUUUA